AUGGAAGUUUCCGCGACUGUUUUAAAUUACUUGCUUAAAUACGUAGUUUUACACCUGUGGAUCCUGAUUGUACUCGUGCUCCUGCACAGAGAUCUGAGCAGGUGGGAUGGCCUGAUGGGACCGCUUUCUCAUUCGGGAUUGGGUGAAAAUGGAUCUGCCUCCUAUUUAAGAGUUCCAUCCUCGGAAAUCGAUGCAUAUAAGCAGGGUUGGAGGUAUUACCUAUAUAACGCUUGGCUGGCUGAAAGAAUUCCACUACGGCGUUCUUUGCCAGACUUGCGAGAUCCCCGCUGCCUGAAGCUGGAGUACGAUGAGGAUUCUGAUGAGAUGAAACCAGCCAGUAUUAUUUUGAUAUUCCGAAACGAGCAGCUCGUAGUCUUGCUAAGAACAUUACACAGUUUGAUGGAGAGAACUCCAAAAUAUCUCUAUAACGAGCUUAUUCUGGUGAACGAUCACAGUGAUACGGACUUUUGGAAAGAGGAACUAUCACUCUUCUUCUUCGACAGCUAUGUGCACAGGUAUAUUCAUCCAAAAGCGCGGAUUCUUCACCUGCCUGAACAGGUGGGCUUAAUCAAGGCUCGCAUUUUGGCCUCCUACGGAGCCAAGGCCGAGAACUUGGUGUUCGUGGAUGCACAAGUGGAGUUCACAAACGGCUGGUUACCUCCACUACUUGAUACCAUUGCGAAGCAGAGUCUCACCCUGGCCACUCCCAUUUUGGACAAUCUGGACGAGCAGACUUUGGCCUACCAGCGAUCUAUAGAAAGGCGGGGAAUUUACGAUUGGAGCUUAACUCGUCGGGAAGUUCCUUUGUCCAGAGAGAGGAGGUCGUACCUUCCAAGGCCCUACGAAGUGGCUGCCGUAAGAACUUCCGUCUUUGCCAUUCGCGCUCUCUGGUUUCAGGACAUAUCCAACUUCGAUAAAGAGCUCCGGGGCUUUGGAGCUGCUGAGUCGGAGCUGAGCCUCAAAGUGUGGUGUACUGGUGGUCGAAUAGUUCAAGUUCCCUGCUCCCGAGUUGGCCACUUGCAGCCCAAGAACCAGGACUACCUAAAGCGAUAUGGGGAUCUCUACGAAAUGGGCGACCAAGUAUCAAGGAACCUCAAACGAAUUAUAGAAGUGUGGGCAGGGGAUCUGAAAUCGGUCAUUUAUAAAUACCAGCCUCAUCUCCUGAAUAUCUCAGAGGGGGAUCUCCACGAGCCGCGAAAACUAUAUCAGCAAUACGAAUGCCAGUCCUUAAAAGUGUUUAUAAAUGACAUUACGCCAGGUCUCAACCACGUUACGGCCCUAAAUCGAACGGAUUAUGCUUCAGGACAUGCAAAGUCCCUUGAAUUUCCCAAGAAGUGUUUGACAAUGAAUGCUAAAAGUCAGCAUUUAUUUCUAGAACACUGCAAUGCAAAUAAUACUCUUCAAAACUGGACACUAACCUAUGUUAAGGAUCUACGCGUAGCUGGAAAUAUUUGUGCAGAAGUGCGGCCCGAUUUAAGGUUGGGUUACAAUCUUUGCCACAGUUUAGGAGGUGGGCAAAGAUGGCAUUAUGAUUCGGUAAACAAUCACCUAGUGAGCAAUACGAAGUGCUUAGAAUUCGCAGAUGAACUCAAUAUUUUCCUGAAUUUUUGCAAUGCAGCGAACAGAAAGCAAAGAUGGAUUCUCGAUAACAUUAAUCGAAGUGUAAUGCAAUCAGUACAAACAUUAAGAUAGAUAGAUAGACUAUGAAGUCCUACCUUAUGAAAGCGAUAAGUUCUACAGGCUUAUAAGCAAUCUGAAACUCAGGAUCUUUUUAAUUAAAUUAUAAUUCUUGAACUGUAGUUGUAGCUUUA